GCGCCAGCGGUUCAAUAACAGUGAUGUGGCUUUCACACUUCACGAAAAUACGACUUGUCAAAGUAUGCCACAAUGUUUAGUUUUAAAUCGGUAUAUUUUGUUAUAUUUACUUUAAUUUCGCACGUAGUUUAUGCCGAAAUAUCCGACAAGCGUUUAUGUAUCGAUAAAAAUUGUUCAGUACCUAUUGCGCAGGGGGUGACUUUAAUAAAAUACCGCAGCCCCGAAGCUAACGUCUUGUCGUUCUCCCGAAAUCAGGAUGUGAUAAUAUACAGUUAUGGGGCUGGAAAUAGGCCCAACCUUAUUGGUGUAGAGAUCGGGGGCAAAAGGGGCUAUGUCAACAAGGAUCACAUUAGGGAAUUAGAUCUUUUCAAAAAACCCACGGAAAUUUUAGACACUGAAAUAGUUAAGAAGCCUGAAGUCACUAUUGAGAGCCUCCAAGAUGAAAUAAAAGUCGCUCCCACCCAGGAGGCUUAUGAAAUUGUCGAUGGUACUAAAAUCCCUAUACAUCUAGUUAGUAGCAGCACUGAGGUUCCUUUAGAUAAAGUAGAAGAGAAGCAGAGUUCAUCGGAAGAGACCAAACCUCUUAAUAUUGAUAAUACAAAAUUUAUUGAACCAACCAUUCAAAAGAGCCCAGAACAAAAAGCACAGCUUGGAGUAAGUGCUGAGAAGAUACCAGAAAAAGAAGUUAUCCCAGAUAAUGAGAAUAUUACAGAAGACGAGGAUGAGGAUGAUGAUAGUGAAGGAGAUGAUGAUGAAGAGGAGCAAGAAGAUGAAAUAAGUGAAAAUGAUUUAGAAACAACACAGGAAGAAAAUUCCAUUAAGCAAGAUAUCCCCCAGGAAACUAUUAAUAAAACUAUUCAAGAAAAUGUGCAAAAAAGUGAAAUACCAGAGAAAGCUAUUGAUGGAAAUACUGAAAAGCCUUUGGAAGCUGUGGAAAACAAGCAAGAAGAGUCCUUAAAUACAAACACAGCUGAUCCUUUAUCCAGUACAUCUACUGAAAUUCCUUUGCUACAAAAUGACUUAAAAGAGAACCAACAAACUGGAGAACCAGUAGCUAACACUGAUUCUACACCUAAAAUACCUACCAACACACAAGAUUUAGCAAAUGACAUUUUAACUGAACAAGGAAAUUAUCCAGACCUCUUAAUAACAGAAAAAGAUGCCAAAAUUGCAGAAGAACCUUCACUAAACACUUUACCAAUUACAACAGAAACUCCUUUGGAAAUUGACACUUAUCCAGCCCAAGACUUUGAUCCAGUCACACCGGAUCCAGCCAACUUGAACCUUGUAGAAGCAAAAGAGGAAAUCAAAGUGGAAAAUCCUGUGGGUGGUAAUUUUUCCAUGUUUAGCUCCAACCCAGAGAAUGAUAACGGUCUGGACUCCAUUGAAGGAAAUGCUAAUGCAAAAGAGGACCUUGAAAAAGAAAACUUAGUAGACCCUACUGUGCCACCAGAAGAACAAAUGUUUGGCUCCACUCCUGAAGUUCAGAAGAAACCUGAAAAAGAAUCUUCCAUUGAAGAAGUACCCAAUAACGUUGGAAUUUUGUCUGUAAAUGCUUCUGAUGCUCAGGCUGAAGAAGCUUUACCAGUUGAAGCAAUAGUUGUAGAAGUCACAACGGAUCCGGCCAACUUGAACCUUGUAGAAGCAAAAGAGGAAAUCAAAGUGGAAAAUCCUGUGGGUGGUAUGUUUAGCUCCAACCCAGGGAAUGAUAACGGUCUGGACUCCAUUGAAGGAAAUGCUACUGCAAAAGACGACCUUGAAAAAGAAAACUUAGUAGACCCUACUGUGCCACCAGAAGAACAGAUGUUUGGCUCCACUCCUGAAGUUCAGAAAAAACCUAAAAAAGAAUCUUCCAUUGAAGAAGUACCCAAUAACGUUGGAAUUUUGUCUGUAAAUGCUUCUGAUGCUCAGGCUGAAGAAGCUUUACCAGUUGAAGCAAUAGUUGCAUCUACAGAAGCGCCUAAAGAGGAAUUGGUCCAACCAGCAGAAGACAUUGGAGAGGAUGAUUUAUCAUUUGAAAAACCCCGGGAAGUUGAGAUAAAUGAUCGAUCUUCACAGGAAAAUCUGGGAGAAAGUAGUUUGGCAGAAAACCACUUAGAAAACGGGCAAGUUGAUGGAGUUUUUUCUUCAAUAUUGUCAUUUUUUGGCAUAGGUAACAAUGAUCAGAAAAGUGACAAUAACUUAGAUCAUAACGGAGAGAAUUUUGCCAACAUUUUACAUAUGGACCCUGUAGAAACUGAAGCUUCUCAGUCAACACCUCAAACUCGUGAAUAUUGUGAUAGCAAAUCAGAAAAAUGUCCUCAGAUAGCCAAACAAGGAUUUUGUGAUAAAGAGAGUCAAGACUGCCCCAAAGAGGAGGUGAAACAACCUGAAGAUCCCCCUGGAAGUAUCAAAUCUGCUGAUUUUGAAGAAAUCUUUGUUGCAGCCUUUAGUUCUGACCUGUUUCUCUAUUUGACAACCACAGCUCUAUCCGUUUUGAUAUUAAUUUUCGUGUGGACUUUGCUGGAUAAAUGUCGCAGGGAAGGACCCUUAAUUGCCCGGAUAAAUAAGUUAGAGCAACAGCUGCUGGCCACUUCGAAAGAAAAUGAAAUGCUGCAUGAUAAGGCCACUAGUAUGGUGGAGGAAAAGACUCAGUUGGUAGUUGAAACUGUACCAAAUGAGGUGGUAGAAGAGCUAAAUACAAAAAUCACUGACCUAACCCAGGCAAAACUAGCGUUAGAGGAGCAAAUAGCGGCCCUAGAAAAGGAAUUAGACAAUUCAACAGAAAUGGGCAUGGAAUUAAACAAAAUCAUAUCAGAAAUGCUCAAUUCAACCGAUGGCAGUGAAAUUCUUAGAGAAAACAUUGAGCAAAUGCAAAAGAAAGUGCUGGAACAACAAGACACAAUUAAUAAUUUAAAUGACAGCAUUAGCAUAAAGGAAACUGAAAUUUAUGAGAUUAGAUUAGAGCUCGAUAUAAGCAAUAAAAAAGUGGGUGAUUUACAAGGGGAAGUAGAUAAAAUGGUGGAAAAAAUACUCAAAAUAGAAGAAGAAAAAGAACAGCAACACGGCAGCUUAGAAAGAGAACUGGCCACUUGCCAAGAGAAGUGCAAGCAAGCCCUUACCCAAGAACAUAACCUUAAAUCGGAAAUAAUCGCCUUAAAACAGAGUGCCGCGGAACUGCAAAGAACAGCCGACACGAAAGUCAAAGAAUACAAAACCCUUAAGGAAACUUUAAGUAAAAUAAAGUCAAUGAAUAACGAUAAAGAUAAAAUAAAGUCGUUUUUGGAUAUUACCGAAACCAGGGCUCAGCUCGAGCAAAUGAAGUCUGAGAAUUUGAAAUAUUCAGAGCAGUUGACCUUAGAGAAAGAGGCUAAUGUAACAUACUCGGCCCAAAUAGAGACCCUCACUUUAGAAGUGAAGGAACUCAGAGAGAAAUACGAACAAUCUGAUAAACAAAAAGUGGAGAUCAAUACCAAAUUGGAGGUGUUAAAUAAUUACUUUAAAGAGAAAGAAGAACAAUUGCUUAAGCAAAUAAGUAAAUACGAGUCGUUAUGGGCAGCAAAAGAAGGUGAAGCCACAUCUACAACCGAACGACUUCGAUAUAUGCAAGAAGAAUUGCAGAAUUAUAAGGCUCAAAAUGAAAGUUUAAAACAGGAAAUAAUGAACCAAGAAGUGGAACUGAAGAGCCAAAUAUCGAUGCUGGAGAAGAAAUCGCACGAAAACUGGGUGGCCAACCGACAAACCGAACGAAAAUUGGAGGAAGCGAGACAAGAAGCCGCCCAGUUAAGAAACCGACUGACCAUGAGAGAACGGGCGUUUGCUGAGGGAAACAAUCAAAUGAGAAUACAGUCUCCCCUACACCAAAACGGCGAGAUUCCGCUGUCGCCGCCGCCUCUGGAUCCCACCCAAUCACCGCCGCCCCUUUUUAAUCCCCGCGAUCACAUCACCAAGUCGCCGCCGAUCCCGGGUUUGCCGCCGCCGCCUUUUUUGCCGCCCCCGCCGUUGGGUGCCGGUCACUUUAUCCCGCCGCCGCCCUUAGACGGCAUGAUGCCGCCCCCGAUGGGCGACUUGGGGAUGCCGCCGCCGCCGUUUAUGCCCGGUUUACAUCAUCAUCCGGGAAUGUUUCCAGGCGACCAUAGACCACCACCAUUAGGCAGAAUGAGUUCACCACCCCCCGUGGGAGGCAGAUACUCCCCCGAAUCAACGGUUUAUUCAGAAUACGACAGGUAUGACAGGAGAAGCCCCUCGCCUCCUUACGACUCGGAAUAUGGGGCUUCACCGCCCCCUAUUAGGGGCUACAGCCCUUAUAACGAGCGAAUUAGGGACGAUAGGAGAGAAUAUAAGAGGCCACAGCCUCGCAGUAACGGUAGAAAUUCAAAAGGUAUGCAUAGUUCGGGAUCAGAAAACGAUUCUUUAGGUAAAAUUAGUAAAAAACCGCAAAGGAAAGUCUAGCGUUUGGCCUGCUGUUUCCACUAUUAAUUAACUUUCUGAAGUCUGCAGUUUUAUUUAAACAAUAAUUUAGUGGUAUAUGCCAAAAGAUUAACUCACAAAGAACGAUCUAUUGUUAUAAUGACAUUUAGCUGUAAGAGUGAAAAUCUGUAAUUGAAAUAUUAUUGUGCUAUGUGGAUUAAUUUAUUUGGUACUUUUCUCCCCGACCAAUGAAGCAAUUAAAAUUAUAAUUAUUUGUAAGCCAAAGGUAUCAUUGUCUUUUUAUUGUUCUAUUCUAUAGUAAUUUUUCUACUUGCCUGAAGUUUGUUAUUUUCCCGAUUUCCGGAACGGAAUCUUGUAUUGUAAAAAGUGUACAAAGUAAUGUUGUAAUACAUUUAUUUGAGAAAAA